AUGAUGCGCUUCGCGUGCUCGCAGCUAACUGUUGAGCGCCUGGAUCCACUGGUGAACCCUGGCAUGGUGGGGACUCCUCAUACGCAUCAGAUCGUGGGAGGCAACUCUUUCAGGCCGGACAUGAAGCCGCUGGAGUACGAUCAGGUAGCGAACUCGAAUUGCACGACCUGCACGUUCUCGGAAGAUUUCAGCAACUACUGGACCGCAGCGCUCUACUUCCGCGCACGCAACGGAACAUACAAGCGCGUCCCGCAAGUCUCGAACGGUGGACUCAACCAAAGAGGCGGCAUGACCGUGUACUACAUCCCGCCCUACGAUGGCGUCAGCAACGUCACUGCGUUCACACCAGGCUUCCGCAUGCUCGCCGGCAACGCCAUGGUGCGCAACACGACCGGUGAAUCCCGCGGCAUCUGCCACCGCUGCCUGAACACAAACCAAUCCCCCUUCGGCGGCGCGCCCUGCGUCGACCCCGACAAUAUGGACACGUCAUCCUUCCCGAACAAGAUCUGCCCCGGCGGAAUCCGCACCACGGUGUCCUUCCCGACGUGCUGGGACGGCAAGAAUCUGGAUUCUCCGGACCACCAGAGCCAUGUGGCGUAUGCGACGGUGCCGUUUGAGCCGUACAUGCCGCCGGUGGCGACGCGGCCGCUUAAAGUGGGCGAGAGGGGUGUGUGCCCCGAGACGCAUCCUGUGACGCUGCCGCAGUUGAUGUAUGAGGUUAUUUUUGAUACGACGCCGUUUAAUGAUCCGAAUAUCUGGCCGGAAGAUGGGAGCCAGCCGUUUGUAUUUGCUAUGGGUGAUGCGACCGGCCACGGCAACCACGGCGACUACAUGUUCGGCUGGAAAGGCGACUCACUUCAGCGUGCGGUGAAUGCAAGGUGCGAUAACGAUAAGUGCAAGGAGCUGCUGAGGCAGACGGAUGAGGAGGCAAAGGCAUGCCAGAUUCCGCAGACGGCGGUUGAGGAUGUGGGGAAUGAUGAUUGGCUUAAGACGUUGCCUGGAGGUGUGGAGAUCAACGAUGGCGUUAAUAUGUAA